CUAUCACUUCAUCUAAUUCACUCCAGAAUCUCUCUUUCUCCUCUAACUCACAACCUACCUGUGGGGCAUAACCACUAACAACAUUCAACAUCACCCCUUCAUCCUCUAACUUCAGACUCAUCACCCUGUCUGACACUCUCAUCACCUCCAGAACAUUCCUCACAAACUCCUCCUUCAGGACCACACCUACCCCAUUUCUCUUACUAUCCACCCCAUAAUAAAACAGCUUGAAUCCUGCUCCUAUACUACGAGCCUUGCUCCCCUUCCCCCUGGUCUCCUGUACACACAGUAUAUCCACCUUCCUUCUGUCCAUCAUAUCAGCCAGCUCUCUACCUUUCCCUGUCAUAGUACCAACAUUCAGAGUUCCUAUUCUCAGUCCUACACUCUUACCUUUCCUCUUCUCUCUCUGUCUGCACACUCUCCUCCCUCCUCUACUUCUUCCACCAACAGUAGCCCAAUUUCCACCAGCGCCCUGUAGGUCAAUGGCGCCGAUGGCGGUCGUUGUUAACCCGGGCCUCGACCAAUCCGGUAUGAAAUUCAGAGUACUGAUGAUUCGCAUGGUUAAAUUUGGCAAUGUUUUACACCGGAUGCCCUUCCUGACACAACCCUCUCUAUUUAUCUGGGAUAGGGACCGGCACAGAAGUCACUGGACUGUGACCCCAUGGCUAGAUUUGUUACUUUACUCCAGCAGGCAGGCAGCGGUCAGUAACCCCCUGCUGGACCAGCUGCCCAGUUACCAGUCGUUGCUGUACAGGAGGAAGUGGUCAGGCAGCAGUAAGAGGCGGAGUUCAGCACGGGGGCGGUACAGCUCAACAGGAAGCUCCUCAGAAGGUGGGGCAAGUGGAGAGGGCAGGAGCGUACGAGGGGGCGGGCUUCAGGACAGAAAGUGGGCAUUCGGGAGGGGGGACAGGACAAUUCGUGGAGCCACUGAACAUAGACCUGCUCGAGAACUGCCAUGGAGCAUGGAGGAGAAACGCAAACACAGAGUUAUGCAGCAGGACAGACAGCUGGGUGUGUGUUCUCAGUGGAGAAUCAGCACUCGUCACUAUCUGAAGAGGAUGAAGGAGGACAGCAUGGUGUUAAUGAACACACUGCAACUGUGGAGAAGUGAUAUACACCUUAUAGAGGGUAUGUUUGGAACAGGGAUUUUGUCGUACUUCUCAUUCCUGCGCUUCUUGGUCCUGCUGAACUUCGUGAUGUUCCUGCUGAUGUUCACUUUCGUCAUGUUGCCCAUCAUUGCGUCCAGUCACACCUCGUCCAUCAACUCCACUAUGACAACCAGGGGCACAGAAAGGAAUGAGUGCAGUGUUUACUCCCCCUCCUCUCACAGGGGACUGGUCAUGUUCCACCAGCACAUCAUCGACCUGCUGUCCGGCACUGGCUUUCUGGAACACACCUACCUGUUCUAUGGUUACUAUAAUGUGGAGUCAGUCAACUAUUCACACUUCAGCUAUAACCUGCCAUUAGCUUACGUGCUCUGCACCAUCACCUACCUGCUACUCAGCCUCAUCUGGAUCGUUAAGAGGUCAGCUGCAGGCUUUAAGAGGAAGCUGAUUCAGGAUGAAGAUCGUUUCCAGAGUUUUUGUAAUAAGAUCUUCGCUGGCUGGGAUUUCUGUAUAACUAAUGAGAAUGCGGCACGUUUAAAACACAGCAGCCUGCUGUAUGAACUCAAGACGGAUCUGGAGGAGGAGCGGAUCAGACAGAAGAUGGCUGAGCGUUCCCAGUUAGAGAAGUGUCGUAUUUACGCCAUCCGGGUCGCUCUGAACCUGUUUGUGAUCGCCGUGCUCGUCUGCUGCUUCUACUGCAUCUACAGUGCCACCAUCUUCUCCCAGCAGGCACAGGCUCAGAAUAAGCAGUAUAACUUCAUAGUGGAGUUGAUAUUUGAGUAUCUGCCCUCCAUUGUCAUCACACUGGCCAACUUCAUCACUCCCAUCAUCUUCAGCAUCAUCAUCAGCUUCGAGGAUUACUCUCCUGCCUUCGAGAUCCGCUUCACACUCCUCAGGUGUGUGUUUAUGCGUUUGGCCAGUAUUGGAGUCCUGCUGUUCUCUCUGUGGUCUCAGAUCACCUCCUGCCCAAAGACAGAGGACAGACUGUGUCCUUGUGGUUACAACCAUACACUUUACCCUUGCUGGGAGACCCAUGUAGGCCAGGAAAUGUACAAGCUGAUGAUCUUUGAUUUCCUCAUCAUUGGGGCAGUCACUGUCUUCGUUGAGUUUCCCAGAAAGAUCUUAGUGAAUCACUGUGACUGGGCUUUGGUAAAGUGGUGGGGUCAGCAAGAGUUCUCCAUCCCCCAGAACGUUCUGGAGAUUGUCUAUGGUCAGACCAUCUGCUGGAUCGGUACCUUCUACUGCCCCCUGAUGCCCGCCAUCAACACCAUCAAGUACUUCCUGGUCUUCUACAUCAAGAAGGUGACUCUGGUGAAUAACUGUCGUCCAGCGUCUCGUCCGUUCCGGGCCAGCAGCUCCAACUUCUUCUUCCUGGCGGUGCUGCUGAUUGGAUUAGCACUUGCUACACUUCCUGUUACAGUCAGCAUCGCACUGAUCCGCAGCUCAGGGGCGUGUGGAGCGUUCAUGACCUUCACCACCUCCUGGGAGGUCGUCCCUCACUCGGUGUCCACACUCCCCUCUGGACUGCAGUCUGUCUUCACUGCACUCGCUUCAGAGGCCUGUGCUGUGUCCUUCUUUGUCAUCACCUGUCUGGCAAUGUUCUAUGUGAUUGCAUUAGCUGGAGCUCAUAAACGUGUCAUCAAUCAACUGAGAGAUCAACUGGCCAUGGAGGGAAGAGAUAAGCGGUUUCUGAUGCAGAAAUUGUGUCAGGCUCAGUCUAAUCCUCGUUGCCGUAGGAACCAGAAACCCAGCAGCUCCAGUGUGUACAUGAUUGCCCCGCCCACUGAGACGCAUGCCUAACACACUCUUUCCUCAUGACCUUAGCACAUAAUGAGUGCUCUUUUCCCAUGGCAACAGUCCACAACAACCUGUCUGGUGGUCUGAGAGGUUCAGGUCACAAUGAGUUCUCACUGGACUCUGAAUGGUUCAGGUCACAAUGAGGUCAUAAUCACUCUUAAGCUCAUUUCCUGAUUGGACCAUCGUUAACUGUUCCUGCUCUAAUUAACAUUAAUGAAUCGGUCAGUAUUUUGGUUAAACUGUUACAUUCUGCAUUGUCAUUGUUGUGUGUUUUUAUCAGUAACAGGCCUAAACUUCCUCCACUUUAAUGUGUGUGUGUGUGUGUGUGUGUGUGUGUGAGAGAUGUUUACACUUUUAUAUCCUGGGUCUGUUUUUCUCUAUUUAAUUUUAUGUGUGUAACUCGUCUUGGGAAUUAAACAGUGUGUGAGUUUGUGUUCUUUCAAAUAAUAAAUAUUCUUUAAAUUCA